AUGGGUGUUUUCACUUUUGUUUGCAAAAGUAAAGACGGAGUGUGGAGCGCAAAGCAGUACAACGGUGAUAUUGAAGCCUUUGCUGAUUCUACUUAUGAUUUAGAGAGGAAAUUGGUUAAAGAAGUACUGUCUCGUGAUUCUUCUGGUGCUGUUCAAUCUUACUUCUCUUUGGUUAGCCCAACUUCUGGUGUUUUUGAGGUAAAAAUUGGUGGUGGUUCUUUUGUUGCAAGUGGUGGAGGUGCUGUUGCAGCAGCAAGUUCUGACAGUGCAGCAGCUUCUGAAGCUCCUGCAGCUGAGGCAAAGAAGGAAGAGAAGAACGAAGAGAGCGACGAUGAAGAAAUUGGGGGUUUCUUCGAUGAUAUGUUUGGUUAG